AUGGCAAGUUUGAGGAAGUGGCUUUUCCUUUACGUUAUGAUCUACUUUUAUUGUACGGAAAUUAUAUGUACGGAAGACUGCAAGGAAGAAUACAACAAAACGAUACAUUUGACACCGGCGCAUUACGGGAAAGAUCCGGAGCGACCAUGGAGAAACACAUUUAUUCCUGAGCAAAGGGAGGAAACUGUCACUGGACUAGACAUAACCUGCAAAAAUGUCAAAUUACCUUUACAUUAUAUCGUGAAGGGUUCUUGUAAUAACUGCAAGCAAACACUUACAAUUUUGUCUUCAAAUCUCUCUGAAAUACCCCCAUCAUCUUUUGUAAAUGCUAAAACUAUUUCCGAACUUAUAUUAAGCAAUUUAAAUAUUUCAAAACUUUCUCCUGGUGCGUUUGUUCAACGGUCAUUAGUUGCAAUUUAUCUGUCAAAUAAUCGUUUAUCUGAGAUCGGCUUAGGUGUUUUUAAUUCGUUGGAUAAUCUACAAACUCUAGAUUUAUCGCUUAAUCAAAUAUCAAAGUUGGAAGCACAGUCCUUUAGUGGGAUGUCAAAUUUAAAAACUCUAAAUUUGUCACACAAUAAUUUAAUCACAUUUUCCUAUAACGUUUUAGAUCCUAAUAUUCACCCAAUGGAUGCACUAUAUUUAGAUUUUAACAGAAUAACAGACCUAACAGUAGAUAUAAAAAUUACGAUAAAGAGUCUAUUUUUAAAUAAUAAUAAGCUGGAUGAGCUAAAUUUUUGUCCACAUCCGUUUACUACCCUUAGUUUAAAAAAUAACCAUUUAAAAAAUCUUUCCUCAAAAUUUUGUAUUUCAAAAAGCAAUAAGUUAGGUUCCUUCGAUGUCAGUUAUAAUAAUAUUAGUAGCAUAGAUGACUUUUAUUUCGGAGAAGCUUUUACGUUGCAAUAUCUAAACUUAAACCAUAAUAAUCUGAGUUCACUGUCACCGGGAGUGUUCUACAACAUGUCAAAUUUACACUACCUGAAUAUUUCAUAUAAUAAUUUAGAAGAUUUUAAGUUCGGUACAUUUGACAGCUUAGAUACUUUAAGUUAUCUUGAUAUUUCCAAUAACAAUUUACGUACUAUAAGUACCUCUUUGCAUCCUUUGAAUAAUCUAGAACAACUGUUUAUACAAAAUAAUCGUAUUCAAAAUAUAAAUUUUGAUCAACUUAAAACAUAUUUUCCAAAACUGAAGCAAAUAUUUUUUGAUAACAAUAAUCUAUCUUGUAACAAUGUUGUUAAUGUUGUUCGACACCUAAAAUCUUCCAAAGUUGAAAUAUUACACAAUAAUUUAAGAAAUAGCACCAACGUCCAUGGAAUCUCUUGUUUAGAGACACCAAAGAUUGCCACCGUACCAAAAACUCUUAAUAAAAUGGAUAACGACACUCUGAAAGAUUAUUUUGAUGAAAUAAAAAAUAGCAGUUUGUACAAGGUGCUUGAACACAUCUAUUCUUCAGAAAAAGCAAAAAAUGUGGGAUAUUCCAAAAACGUAAGUGCAGAUAAAUCAUUAACUGACAAAUAUUUAGAAGACAGUAUCAAAAAUACCCAAAACUUCACUAAUUAUUUUAGGGAAUUUAUAGAAAAUCAGAAAAAAUUCGUUAACGUAGACAAUGAAGAGAAUGCAAAAUUGUAUAGAUAUAUAGAUAAAUUAAGUCAUUCUCAGGAGACAAAAACAAAUAUUUUGUAUCCCGAAAAAAUAAUUAACACUGAAACUAAUGGAUAUAACAAAAUGGUAGCAGUUCUUUCUAUUAAUACUGUGUUUAUAAUACUGCUAUGUCUGAUAGCUUUACUUAUUGGUUACGUUUUAUUUAAAAACAAUAAUUCUAGAGCCGCAAACGUACCAGAACACGUAGAACUGUUAGAUAAUUGA